AUGUUCCCUAAGAUUGCCAUCUUCUGCGCUGUUCUUGCAGCAGCACAUGCUUCCCUCGCAGGAUCUUAUGUAUGGGGAGUUGCUGCACCUGCAGUAGCCGCCGCUCCAGUCUAUGGUAAAGCACUCGUUGCUGCACCUGCAGUAGCCGCUCCAGUCUAUGGUAAAGCAUUCGUUGCCGCACCUGCUGUAGCCACCAUUUCAGCUCAAAAGACAGCCCUCGGCCCAGUUGUCUCCGCUCCACCUGUUGUCGCUGCUGUUCCAUUUCCUGUCGCCACGCCUUAUGUUGCUGCUCCCUAUGCCUACAGUACAGGAUUGGUUGCAAGACCAAGUCUGGCUGCACCCCUUGUUGGAGCUCCCUAUGGUUUGGGAGUUGGAAAGCUCGGUUAUAGUCUUGGAAAGGCCAUCUGA